AUGUCACAAAUCAGACGACUUUUCUCGUCAGUUGGAAAUUUAAAGACUUAUCGGACGUUCCGAGCAUUGGAUCUUGAUGGAAAGACGGAUGUUGAGUACAGGAUUCAAGAUUAUCCAAAAGACAGAAUUGAAGAAGGAAUUCAAUUUAAUACUGGGGCAUUUUUGAAGCAUGAGCCAAUGUCAAGGACACGAAAUGUGAUUAAUAAGCCAGAAGCUGUCGAGGAAUUUUUAAAUUCGAUUCGCAAAACAAUGCAAAAUGGAGUAUCGCUGGCUUGUUUUAAGGAAAAUUCUGAUGAAAUUAUAUCGACGAAUAUUUUGGCUGUUAAGGAUGAGAAGGAAUACAUGGCUGAUUAUGAUUUCAAUAGCACGGACUUCCAAGACAUCUUUGGCGUCAUGGGCUACGCAAAUACACAGUUUAAUCCAUUCAAGCACUACAACGUUGACAACAUCCUUUAUGCAUUCACGGUUGGUGUUAAGCCAGAUUAUCGUGGACGUGGAAUCGCUAAUCAUAUGUUCCAAUGUCGACGACUAUUAUGUGAGCAACUAGGACUGAAAGUGACAACCACUCAUGCAACGGCAAAUGGAAGUCAGAAGGCAGCACUUAAUGCUGGAUUUGAAGAGAAUUUUUCUAUUAAAGGUUCAAAAGAAAUUCCUAAAAUGAUUAAAUUUGAACGACUAGCAACCCUCGAACAUCCAAAAAUCCAUCACAAAUUUAAAGCUUUUGAUGCCGACAGUUCAGUUAAAGCAAAUUUCAUAAUUCAAGAUCUUCCGAAUGAACGUUAUGAUGAUGCGGUGAAGUUUAUGUUGGAAUAUUUUGUAGCUGAGGAGCCGGCAUUUAAAUCUAGAGACAUUAAGCUUGACAAAUUAGCAGUCAUUGAGAUUUCGAGAAUUUUCAGGCAUAAUUUGGCUCAAAAUGUAUCGAUUGUGUGUUUUAAGGAAGGAAAUGAUAAAAUUAUAGCUGUGAAUGUUUUGGGUGUGAAAGUUAAUAACGAAGAUGAAGAUGAGGGAUAUGAAGAUGAAGAUAAGGAACCUAACCUCAAAAUUCAAGAACCUAAUCUUAAAAUUCAUGAUCCUAAUCUCAGAAUUCAGCAACCUUACCUCAAAAUUCAAGAACCUAAUCUUAAAAUUCAGGAACCUAACCUUAAAAUUCAAGAACCUAAUUUUAAAAUUCAGGAACCUAAUCUCAGAAUUCAGGAACCUUAUCUCAUAAUUCAGCAGCCUAACCUCAAAAUUCAAGAACCUAACCUCAAAAUUCAGGAACCUAAUCUUAAAAUUCAGGAACCUAAUCUCAGAAUUCAGGACCCUAACCUCAAAUUUCAGCAACCUUACCUCAAAAUUCAAGAACCUAAUUUUAAAAUUCAGGAACCUAAUCUCAGAAUUCAGGAACCUUACCUCAAAAUUCGAGAACCUAAUCUUAAAAUUCAAGAACCAAAUUUUAAAAUUCAGGAACCUUACCUCAAAAUUCAAGAACCUAAUCUUAAAAUUCAGGAACCUAACCUCAAAAUUCAGGAACCUAACCUCAAAAUUCAAGAACCUAAUCUUAAAAUUCAAGAACCAAAUUUUAAAAUUCAGGAACCUAACCUCAAAAUUCAAGAACCUAAUCUUAAAAUUCAUGAUCCUAAUCUCAGAAUUCAGCAACCUUACCUCAAAAUUCAAGAACCUAAUCUUAAAAUUCAGGAACCUAACCUCAAAAUUCAGGAACCUAACCUCAAAAUUCAAGAACCUAAUCUUAAAAUUCAUGAUCCUAAUCUCAGAAUUCAGCAACCUUACCUCAAAAUUCAAGAACCUAAUCUUAAAAUGCAUGAUCCUAAUCUCAGAAUUCAGCAACCUUACCUCAAAAUUCAAGAACCUAAUCUUAAAAUUCAGGAACCUAACCUCAAAAUUCAGGAACCUAACCUCAAAAUUCAAGAACCUAAUCUUAAAAUUCAUGAUCCUAAUCUCAGAAUUCAGCAACCUUACCUCAAAAUUCAAGAACCUAAUCUUAAAAUUCAGGAACCUAACCUCAAAAUUCAGGAACCUAAUCUUAAAAUUCAGGAUCCUAAUCUUAGAAUUCAGCAACCUUACCUCAGAAUUCAGCAACCUAACCUCAAAAUUCAAGAACCUAAUCUUAAAAUUCAGGAUCCUAAUCUCAGAAUUCAGCAACCUUACCUCAGAAUUCAGGAAUCUAACCUCAAAUUUCAGCAACCUUACCUCAAAAUUCAAGAACCUAAUUUUAAAAUUCAGGAACCUAACCUCAGAAUUCAGCAACCUAACCUCAAAAUUCAAGAACCUAAUCUUAAAAUUCAUGAUCCGAAUCUCAGAAUUCAGCAACCUUACCUCAAAAUUCAAGAAUCUAAUCUCAGAAUUCAGGAACCUAAUCUUAAAAUUCAAGAACCUAAUUUUAAAAUUCAGGAACCUAAUCUCAGAAUUCAGGAACCUUAUCUCAUAAUUCAGCAGCCUAACCUCAAAAUUCAAGAACCUAACCUCAAAAUUCAGGAACCUAAUCUUAAAAUUCAGGAACCUAAUCUCAGAAUUCAGGACCCUAACCUCAAAUUUCAGCAACCUUACCUCAAAAUUCAAGAACCUAAUUUUAAAAUUCAGGAACCUAAUCUCAGAAUUCAGGAACCUUACCUCAAAAUUCGAGAACCUAAUCUUAAAAUUCAAGAACCAAAUUUUAAAAUUCAGGAACCUUACCUCAAAAUUCAAGAACCUAAUCUUAAAAUUCAUGAUCCUAAUCUCAGAAUUCAGCAACCUUACCUCAAAAUUCAAGAACCUAAUCUUAAAAUUCAGGAACCUAACCUCAAAAUUCAGGAAUCUAAUCUUAAAAUUCAGGAUCCUAAUCUUAGAAUUCAGCAACCUUACCUCAGAAUUCAGCAACCUAACCUCAAAAUUCAGGAACCUAAUCUUAAAAUUCAGGAUCCUAAUCUCAGAAUUCAGCAACCUUACCUCAGAAUUCAGCAACCUUACCUCAAAAUUCAGGAUCCUAAUCUCAGAAUUCAGCAACCUAACCUCAAAAUUCAAGAACCUAACCUCAAAUUUCAAGAACCUAAUCUUAAAAAUUCAGGAACCUAA